AUGGCUAAAACGGAAGUCGAUGGCUGGAGAGCCAAGGUAAAGAAACUCAGAGAAGAUCUUGAAGCAGCCGGAUUCAAGGAAACCCUACAAUUAGACGACUUCGAUCACUUUCAGGGUGCCCUUCACAGCUUGUUACACGAAUAUUCUCAGCACGGGAUCGCCAAACUCGUUGCGGAGCAUGUCGAGCCUCAUUUUGACCAUAUAAAGUCGUUUGAGAGGGCCAUAGCUUCAGCAGUUCAGCAGCUGGAUUCAGCUAGUUAUGUGUGGUCUGCGUCGCUGGCAGUAAUGGAGUGUACCUGUCGCCAUGUUUCGUACAUGAAAGACACUUUUGAGCAGCUUGAAAAGUUCUACGAGACCUUCCCCAAGCUUGAUGCCUACAUGAAGCUGUUCCAAGACGAUUACAAACUCCGCUAUCUGCUGCAAAGAUUGUACGACAUAUAUUCGGAAUUUUGCUUGUGUACCAUCAGGUACAUGAGGAAGAGAACACUUGUGGAUCAACCAGCCAAUAUCGCGACGAACCUGAUCCAUUCUAAACAUCGACGAAAGUUAUCAACUAUCUUACAGAACUGGACUGAAGCCAAAGCACAAUUCGAGGAACACAUCCGUUAUGUCUUGGCAGCGAAGAUUGUAACCCCAAAAACGUUUCCAGCAGUGCCAGAUCGAAACAUAGUUACGGAGAUGUCAGCACAAGGUGUCAGGGGCAUGGGGAAGACACAAGCAGCUUUAGCAUAUAGCCGGACGUAUGAGGACCACUAUUUUUACAGGUUUUGGAUUCGAGCGGAUGAUCCAGCCAGGCUGGCUGAAUCGUUUACAUCCAUCUAUAAUCUCUUACGCAUUGAUGAGCCUAGACUUCUGCAUUCUGAAGCGGUGAAGGAAAAGCUAGAAACAACAGAUAAGACAUGGCUUCUUGUUUUCGACAAUAUUGAAGAAGGUACAAUUGAAGCCGUCAUAACACUCCUACCAACCAGGUCUAUGAAGCAGUCUGCCAUAAUCUUCACCUCACAAUUUGAACAACACAAACAUAAGAUUGAUGCCGAUGCGUCGUUGCCGCUGAAGUCACUUGAUACCGAACAGAGUAUCGAGUUACUAAGAAAAUGUCUCGGUCGGGAGACGGACAAUGUUGACGAUGAGGACCAAAAAGUUUUGGAAGAAGUCUCAGAUAUGCUGGGCGGUCUACCUUUGGCAAUUGCCCAUAUCGGGGCUUACAUCAGUGAAUCGAAACGCAAUAUCUCGUACUUUCGAGAUUUCUUCGAGGCCAACUGGCAAAAGAGUGCAUGGUCAUCUCCCUCGCUUACCGAAACGAAUGAAAGGAUUCUAGAUAUUGUCUGGCAACUCGCUCUUAAUGAAUUGCCACCGAAUGCUCGACAGUUGAUUGACGUUAUGGCAUACCUCAACCCUGAUGUUAUUCCUGAGGAUUGGCUCGAGGCCGACAUUGAAGAAGACCCAAAUUGGUGGUCCUCAGAAGGAAGCGCUAAGAUAGAGUUGCUCUAUAUGGGCCGAUCGCUAAGCCGCAGAUGUCUUGUUGAUAUAGAGGACAACGUGUACUCUAUACAUCUAUCACUGCAACUAGCGUUGCGCAUGGCGCUUGAUCAUAAUCCCUUGACGAGGGAGAUGAUCUUCAGGCAUGCUCUUCGGAUUGUAGCUCGAGCAUCGCCAGGGACGAACCCACUUCAGAUACCCAAUCCUAAGAAUUGGAGGCAAUUUGAGCAAUCGAAUCCACACGCUCUUACCAUGUGCCAAGCAUUCUUACAAUCUGAUCCCCCUAUUGAGCCAUCUCUGCAGCUGGCAGAGACCCUGUAUUAUGCAGGGUUUCAUACCUGGGAGAGAUGGAACUAUGUUACCAGGGAUGGCACCGCGUUGUUGGAGACAGCGGAGAAGAUCCUGGACCGCCUCGAGUAUGAUAUAGACGGGAAACUUCGCGCUGACAUAUCUUGCAUUCUGUCGCUUUUAUUGGACGCAGUUGGUUUGAGCAAUCGCACCGAGGCCUUUGAGAGACUGCGCCGAGUGCGCGAAAUUCGCAAAAUUCAACUAAAACGUUCUCAGCGCCUCGGACUCUGCGACAACAGCGAGCAUCUCUACUACAAUUCUGUUAACGAUUUCGCUCUGUCCAAAUUGCAGCAUGAUGAUUUCCACGAAGCAGAGAAACUGUUUAGCGAAUGCUUCGACCAGUACAAGAGAUGGGGCACAGAAGAGGAGCAACCAUUCGAGUACGCAAAGUAUUACCACAAUAUGGCUCUCGUCCGAAUGUACCAAGAAAGGUAUGAGGAGGCCAUUGAUCUCUCUAAAAGGGGUAUUGAAAUCAAAGCGAGGCACAAUGGGAAAGACAAUAGCAGAUAUUGGUGGUGCCAGUAUGAUAUUGCAUGUAUCAUGACCCAAGCUGGUCAACUCGACGCCGGCUUAGAGCUCCACUUGGAAGUCCUCAAGAACCGCCAGAGGAUCUGUGGUGCACUGCAUGGACUCACCGUCCAGAGCAUAUAUUCAGUUGGGGCAAUGUAUCAUCACCUCGGCCAACUCGAGAAAGCGGAAGAGUAUCUGCGAGACUGUGUCCAGAAGGGCAGGAAAAUUCGGUGGCACGAUGAAGCGCUUGGGCGAGCCAAGUAUCAUCUGUCUCUACUCAUCAGAGAAAGGACGGGCCAGAGCGAGGAGGCCUCAACUCUUGAACGUGAGGCUGUCAAGAUGCUAGAAAACAUUUGUAGCACUUACGGACAGUGCCCAGUGUAUUUGACGGACACUCCAGAUAUCCUAACAAUUUUCGAUUGGGCGCAGUCCUGCUCCGAAGGCAGGUGGACCGGUCGUGGUUUAUUGCGUAUCGUGCAAGCGCAUUACAAGGUCUCUUCGCCCGCGAAAAUCGAAAUCGAGGAGACCUCAAGACGGUUGGCACCCCGAUAA